CCUGCCAUUUUGCUGCACCCCCAUACCGAGUUGGGAUUGCUGUUUGUUGUUUUGCCCAUUAAACCAGUUCUGUUUCGGACUGCAUCAAAGUGUGCCCGUCCUUCUUUGCAUCAGCCACUGCAGAUUCUCAUCAGACUCUCUGAAAAUCGCAGCCACUGCUGGGACUUGCAGUAAGUGUCCCCUUGGGGUUCGAGUCCCCAGCCACCUGGGAAGGCAGGACAAGCCACCACCACCCCUCACUACCUGGUGAGUUAUUUUUCCUUCUUCCUGGGGUUCAAGUCCCCAGCUUCUUUUCCCAAAUCCUUAAUUAACCCAGUUCCUGAUGGGAUCAGCUCUGUCCCAGGCAGAGAAGGAUGUUUAUCGUACCUUUAAGUUCAAAUUGGCUGCUCAGGAAAAACAAUUUUGCAAAAAGAAAUUAAAGGACAUUGUAAAAUGGGCUUUCAAGAACUUUCCAGAUGCUACAGCACCCAUGGUGUAUAAAUCAGAAUUCUGGGACUCUGUUGGCACCAAAUUAUAUGACCUUGCUACGAAAAGAGACAAGGCAACAGCAGAACUGCUACCUGUAUUUAGAGCUGUCUACGAGACUUUGAGAGCCGAGGAGAGAGACCAGAAAAUAAAUACAAAAGAAACAAAAGAGACUGAGAUAGCCAAUCCCCUUACCUCUACCCUUAGCCCAAACCCUACGGUGGGAACACGAGAGUGGAGCCCUAAUACAGAGUGUUGCAUAAAGGCAGAGGAACUGGUAGCCGAGGAGAAAUCUCAGACUAUUCUCCCCCUUUUGUGCUCCUUCCCUUCCAGCCCCUCAGACUUUCCAGUGGAUGGGCUUCAAGAUAACAAGGACCAACUUAUCUCAAGUCCUCCCUACUCCCUAUACCCUAAUCCUGUGUGCACUCCUCGUCCCCACUCUCCUAUCCUCUCUACUUUCUUACCCACAUGCACUGUAGCAAAACAAAAUGGCGUCGAGGAUCUAGCAAGUCAAUGCUCCCAACUAGCACCUAAAAUGGCCGCUGGGCACUCUCCAGCCUCCUCCUACCCUUCCCAAGACUCCGCCUCAGGGCCCACCCCUUCCACUCCAGGCCACGCCCCUUCUGGGGCAGGCCACGCCUCCCUUCUGGGGGCAGGAACUAGCCCCUUAAGCCACACCCCUUCUGGGGAAACCGGAACACCUCCCACAUGGGUUCCGGAAGGGCCCGCCUCCAAGAUGGCGGCACCCACGCUACUAGCACCACACCCUAGCCCAAAGCCUCGACACAUGCAUAAGCUUCACUCAAAUAAAGAGCUUUCUACUGUGUCACAUAGUUCCUUCUCCUCCAACUCAUACCUCAAAAAUCUACAUCUUCCAGAGUCCCGAGAAGAUCCAUGGGCUAAGAUUAGGAAGGCUGCAGUAAAAGAAGGGGAGUGGGGCCUGGUAUCAAAAAUGUCAGCAUUCCCACUAUGCUAUAGAAGAGGGAGAGUUUCUGAGUGGGAGCCACUUGCCUAUGGUGAGGUAAAGGAAUUGUGCAAGGCUGCACGGGAGUGUGGAAGGCAAUCACCACACUUUCAAAACCUGAUGUCAGCAACAUUAGCAGCUCAUGUCCUAAUACCACACGACAUGAAAUAUAUAAUGGCAAUGCUCCUGUCCCCCACUGAAUACACCUUGUGGGAGAUAGGGUGGAAAAGACUACUUAAUCAAAUGUUGUGGGACCACCACGGGGAUCAGGCUUGGAGGGAAUUAACCAUUGAGCACAUUGCUGGGGAGGGAGCUCAUAGUGACCCUGAUGAUCAAGCUGCAGUUUUAACACAGCCAGUACUAAAUGAAAUUAAAGAGGCUGCAAGGAAAGCCAUGAUCCAAGUCCCAGAUGGCUCUAGACCAGACUUUGAUUUUGCAGAUGUCCGCCAAGACCCAAACGAACCAUAUAUAAAAUUUUUGGACCGAUUAAAAUUAGCCUUGGACAGGCAAAUUUUGCUUGAAAGGGCAAAAGAAGAGCUGCUGAAAAGAUUAGCUGUGGCAAAUGCUAAUGAACAAUGUAAAAGGGUAUUACGUACAUUACCCAUUGACCCAGAGCCUACAAUACCCGAGAUGGUUGAAGCGUGUGAUCGUCUGGUAACCCCUGGAUACGCUGCAAACAUCCAAGCCCAAGCCUUUGCUCAAGCUUUAGCAACAUUUCAGAACAGCUCUCGAGAUCCACAAAACCAACCUUGCUUUAAUUGUGGGGACCGAGGGCAUUGGCAAAAGGAUCAUAAUCAGACCAAGAGAAGGCCAUUCGCUAGGCCCUGUAAGCAUCAGUUAACUAACAAACCAUCUCUCAAGCAGGGGAAGGUUCCUCGUUUCCAGGGAAGUGGGAAAUUGAGUGUGGGGCAGCGAUGCACAAUGACAAAAGUCUCCCUGUCACCUGUGCCUGGAACCAUUGGCGGCCAGGAAGCCGCUUCCUUCCACCAUCACUAACUUCCCUGCAGAUGCGCCACCAGGCAUCAGAGUGGAGCUGGCCUUUGUCAACUCAGUAAUGAUGCACAUCAUCUCAAAUGGAUUUUUGGGAUAUUGACCAGACCCACGGGAAUUUCUCAUUUUAUGCAUAACAUAUUCACCAACCAAGGGAUUUUUUGUUUUACUUUCUGUUCUUGCCGUUAUUUCUUCCCAAGAAUUAACUGUGUUAGCCGUGUGCCCUCCUGGUUAUAUUCCCAAAGGUUUAAUUAUUGCACAAGUUUUUCUGUUGCCAGAGAAUAACCCAGACCCAUCCUCGCUCAUGAUGUGGAUACAGCUAAUAAGAUGACCCUGUCUGAAACUAACAUGUACUUUAUAACUGUAUGGUAAGCAGGUCAUUUUAACCAGACUUAUUGAUGCAGGAUCAGAUGUUACAAAAUAUAAAUAAACAGCGCUGGCCACCUGAGCAGGCUUUAACCCUAAGCAUGGACUCUUGGGGGUUGGUGGUAGCAGUAGCAGCCUUAGAAGCAUAUACUCUGUUACCUUUAAGGGCCCAGAAGGAGGAGUAGCUGCAAGCAAACCAUUUAUUGUUAAAGCCCCCAUUAUCCUAUGAGGCAGAGACAUUCUCUCCCAGUGGGGAGUCAGUUUGGAGAUGGAUUUCAGUAAGGGCCACUGAAGUGUAAAGACCCCAGAAGCUAACAUGGAAAAAUGAUCACCCAAUCUGGGUUGAUCAAUGGCCCCUUACUGAAACUAAAUUAGCUGCGUUAAAAAGGUUAGUGAACAGCUAGAAAAAGGACAUUUAGUUCCAACAAAUAGUCCUUGGAAUACCCCUGUUUUCAUCCUGAAAAAGACACCAGGCAAGUGGAAGUUAUUCCAAAACCUUUGAAGGAUUAACGAUGUGAUUGAGGAUAUGGGAGCAUUACAACUGGGUGUCCCCUCACCUGCUAUGGUACCUCAAGAUUGGAAAAUUAUUACUGUUGAUUUGAAAGACUGUUUUUUCAAUAGCCCUCUUCAUCCUCAGGAUGCUGCACGUUUUGCUCCUUUCUGUUAAUUGACAGUCGCCUUUACAGCACUUUCAUUGGACGGUUCUUCCCCAAGGGAUGAAAAAUUCUCCCACAAUAUGCCAGAUGAACAUAGCAGAAAUUUUCUCUCAGAUUCACCAAGAGCAUCCAGAGGCAAUCAUUUUUCAUUACACAGAUAUUUUAAUUUCUGCUGCUGAUGACACUUCCGUACAUGAAGUUUUUCAAUCAACUCUUACUGCUGUUAAAACAGCUGGAUUUUUUGUAGCAGAGGACAAAAUUCCAAAAUCUGCACCUUGGAAAUAUCUAGGGUUACAAAUUUCUGAGCAAGCAGUUAAAUCUCGGAUGGUUCAGAUUAAUAACAACCCAAAGACCCUACAGGACUUACAGCAACUUUUAGAGUUGUUGAAAGAGCAGAAGCUUCCUUAAUUAAACAAAGUCCAGGUGAGCCACUUUAUAUUUUAAUUAAGAAAUUAACUUUUCUUCUCUCUUCUAGAAGUGAACUGUAUUUUGUUUCCCACAUCCACCUACACACUAACCUUCUUGGAGUUAUAACAGAAGGAAAUUCCAGGGCCGGUCACUUAACAAUGCCUUUCAAACUCCCUUACCAAAACUUAAGAACAAGCAAGAUUAAGUCAUCAUUUUUACUACCACAAUGGUCUGGCUUUGACAAGAACAUUUAAAAUCACUAAAGAACAGGCUCGGUUAAUUGUUCAAUUGUGUGCAGACUGCCAGAGACACUCCCUGUUUCCAUCCUGGGGAGGGGUCAAUCCAAGAGGACUAAAUAAUCUUCAGCUUUGGCAGUCUGACAUCACGCAUUAGUCUUCUUUGGUAAGUAUAAAUGUAUCCAUGCUUCUGUUGAUACUUUUUCAGGAGCUCUGUAUGCCUCAGCCCAUCCUUGGGAGAAAGCUCAUGAUGCCAUUAAGCAUUACGUUCAAACUUUUGCAUCCCUAGGAGUCUCCCAGGAGAUAAAAACUAACAGUGGGCAGGCACACAUCUCCCAGAGGCUCCAUCAUUUUUUUCCAGCUAUGGGGUAUUACACACACUGCCAGAAUACCCCACUUCCCCACAGGACGAUUAUUGAGAGGUCUCAUAAGUCCCUAAAAGACCUCUUAGAAAAACAAAAAGGGGGAAUAGAAACCCUAGCUAUUACAGAAAGGCUAUCAAAUGCCCCAUACGUUUUUCAUUUUCUAAGCAGUUCAAUGAUAGAGCCAAAUCCACCCAUAUAUCAACAUUUUUCUAAUACAUCUCAGGCCAAAUUAAGUGCUAGUAAAGGACCUGGAGACCAAACAGAUCUUGGGGCCCUUUCCAGUCAUUUACCUGGGGCAGGAGGUUUGCUUAUAUCUCCACAGGUAGCAGACCUAAGUUGGUGCCAGCAGAAAACAUGAAGCAUCAAAAACAUCAAAACAUCCUUCAGAGAGGAGAAACACCUGUCAAGAGAACAGCCCUUGACCCAGAAGGAAAAGAUAACGGAGAAGACAGAGAUCAAGACCAAGAGAACCCGGCCUGACAAAAUUACCUAAUACGAUUUCUUUCAGCUCCCACAGCCCCGUGUUCCUGCUCCUAAGCUUUUUCAACAGUCUCUCUUCAAGUGACGCUUGGAUAGUCCCGCAACAGAAACAAAACGAACGGGUCACUCUUACCAAUAUUACCAAGCAAGAGCCUAUGUGCCUCUCAGUUGCCAGCCUGAGUAACCCCUUCUCCACCUCUCCAGUCAGGUUAUCUGCAGAUGGGUGGCCAGUACCGGUGGAUACCAUCCUUAUUCUGCAAACUUGGGGUCAAAGCACUGAAAUCUGGAAGCUUAGCUAUGUAGAUACCUGGGAUCAGUGGACAAAGAAGUUGCCACAUGCAUCAACUGUAACCCAAGAAUUAGAACUAUUUGGGUCAGUAAAAAUGAACUAUUACAAAAAAAAAUUAUCAUUUCUUUCAAAGACAUUUCUCUAAAUAAUAAUAGAGAAAUUAGACCCUGUGGUGCAAUUAUGCCACUAAUACUCCUACCUGGUCCAGUCUGCACCCAAUUCAAUUACCACCUGGCAUCUUCUUUAUUUGCAGAGAUAAGGCUUGUCCCGUAAAACUAUCACAAAUUAAAGGUAGCCCAUGUGGCUUGGGGCAUUUGACUGUGCUAGCACCUUAUCUAACCACGGCACAUAAAUUAGUUUGUACUAAAAGAGCCACUCAACAAUUCAAAGCAGAUUGCAAUGAUAAAAUUACCUAUGAGUAAGUCGACAGAAAUUGUUAUGUCCACACUAUUGCCAUGGCUGGCUAUGGCCAAAGCUAUAAGAGAAUUGGAUGGGAUCAGGUGCUGGCAUAGCAAACAAACCAAUGCAACAUCAGUCUCCCUCAAUGAGUUACUUACUGAUGUAACAGCUGUUAGACACGCUACCCUACAGAACAGAGUGGCCAUUGAUUUCCUUCUUUUAGCCCAUGGCCAUGGUUGCAAAGACUUUGAGGGUUUAUGUUGUAUGAGUUUAUAUGAUCAUAGUAACUCCAUCACAGCACAAGUCUUCUAAAAGAGGAUGUUGACAAGCUACAGCAAAAACAGCUGAUUGGCUAAAUAGGUUGUUCCAAGGGUAGAACAUUUCAAGCUACAUGAUUUCUGUCAUCAAACCUGUUCUGUUUGUUGUGUUUGUUGUUGUUAAAAUCUUAGUUCUCAUACCCUCUUUGUUUAAAUGUAUGUUUAAAAUGUUUGAAAAAUCUAUCUACAUUUCUUUAUUGGAAAAAGAAAAAGGGAGAGAUGUGGGAGUCGAUCUCGCCCCCAGCAUCAGUCUCCAGCCUUUGAAGACCAACCCCUAAGGCCAUGGGAGAAAUUGCCUUGGUUAGAGUGAGAGAAAUUUCACCUGCAAGGCCCCAUUUACAUCCUUUAUGUUAAUUAGUCAAGAAAGUUCUUUGUUCCUUGUUCCAUGAUUAGUUCAUUUUUACUGCAUUUCUAUUGCAUUGUUACAAAUAUUCAUUAUCGUGUUUCCCCACUGGAACCUGUCCCUCAAAACUCCACCCUAACCAUACCUUGUAUAAAUACUGUGUCCACCCUGGCUCCUGCCCUUUCAGUGCACCCCUGUACCCAGUUCAGAUUGCUGUUUGUCGUUUUGACCAUUAAACCAGUUCUGUUUUGGAUUGCA